AUGGCCUUGUCUCUUCGUCUUCUUUGCUUGGUAUCAUUCUUUAGCUUCUUUUCAUCAUCUCCUGCGACAGACACACUCACGCCUUCAGACAUGUUGAGAGACAACCAAACCCUCGUCUCAUCUGGUGGACUUUUCGAGUUUGGCUUCUUCGGCGAAAGUGUUUCAGGCUACUAUUUGGGAAUUUGGUUCACAGCCGAUCCAAGCAACGUUGUUUGGGUUGGUAACCGCGACUUUCCCUUAAUAGAUUCAUCCGCCCUACUUCAAAUCCGGUCCGGGAAUUUGAUUCUCACGGACCGGCGACAAGUGCAGAGCAUAGUCAAUUCAGGAAAUGUCGCCACAACUAGUAAUACAAGUGCAACACUUCUUGACACUGGAAAUUUUGUGCUAAGAGCAGCAGAUACAGGUAUCAUAUGGCAAAGUUUUGACGCUCCAAGUGAUACGAAUCUUCCUGGGAUGAAACUUGGGUCGUUUAACCUAAACACAGACCACCAAAACCUUCAAGUUGUUAAUUCUUGGGCAAGCCACCAAAACCCAGCUCGUGGCCUCUACACCUUAUCCAUCGAUUCCAGCGACCUAACAAAGCUUUCGGUUUGGCGAGGAGAUGGAGUCAAAAUGGUAAUCGCUUUCUUGGAUGAAUAUGAGUUCCGGUUUAUUUUUGAGAACUCAAACGGUAGUACUAACGACUACGACUUUAGCCUCCAGUUCAAUAGAAAUGAGGCCUUCUACACUUUCAGCAGCAGCAAGAAUUACGACCUCAUGUGGUUGGUGAUGAAUUCCACAGGAAACCUCGACCAGAAUUUUAUGUUGAAAGGCAAGAUUUAUUCUGUGAGUCAUCCUUUGUGUGCGGGUUCCAAUGGUGGUAAUAACGGGACGUGCUUGCCUUCAAUACCAUCCCAGUGUAAGGAUGGAGGUGCUUUUUCUGAGAUGAAUGGUUCGCUGCCAUCUACAUCUGCUGGUUCCGGUGGAAGUAUUGGGAUUUCUGAAUGCCAAACGUUGUGCCAGGUCAAUUGUUCUUGCACCGCAUUUGCUUCAGUUCAGAAUGAAUCAGUAUGUCAACUUUAUUAUGGGAGUAAACAGAAUCUAUUGAAGAUCGUAGAGGGGCCAGGGCUUAUUUACAUUCGGGAUGGUGCUCCAAGUGAAGAUCAAGCCAGACGAGAAGGCAUUAUCAAUAGUGAUCAUGAAGUUAGAGGUGCAAUUUACAAGAAAUUCGGCAGACAGAAGGAUCAAGAAUUGCCCCUUUUUAGUUUUUCUACAAUAAAGGCGGCAACAAGUGACUUUGCCAAGGCCAAUAAACUUGGGGAAGGUGGAUUUGGGCCUGUCUAUAAGGCAAAAGGACAAGAAAUUGCAGUGAAAAGGCUGUCCAAAAUUUCAAGGCAAGGGUUGAAGGAGUUCAAAAAUGAAAUUUCAGUAAUUUGUAAGCUCCAACACAGGAAUUUGGUUAGGCUUUUGGGAUGUUGCAUUGAAGCAGAAGAAAGUAUACUAAUUUAUGAGUACAUGCCAAACAAUAGCCUGGAUUCUUUCAUUUUUGAUUCAGGCAAACGGGUGCUUUUGGAUUGGAGAAAGCGCAUGAACAUUAUUGAAGGGAUUGCUCAAGGUCUUCUGUAUCCUCAUAAAUACUCGAGAUUAAGGAUCAUUCACCGAGAUUUAAAGACCAGUAAUAUUCUGUUGGACUGUGACAUGAACCCAAAAAUAUCUGAUUUUGGCAUGGCACGAAUUUUUGGGGAUAAUGACACCAGGGGACAAACAAAUCGGGUUGUUGGUACAUUUGGUUAUAUGUCUCCGGAGUACGCCAUGGAUGGUCUUUUUUCUGAAAAAUCAGAUGUGUUCAGCUUUGGGGUGAUUAUACUAGAGAUCGUAAGUGGCAAGAAGAGUAUAUCCUUCUUUGAGGCUGAUCAAUCUCUAAACUUGCUAGGCAAAGCUUGGGAUUUGUGGAAAAAAGGCAAGACCAUGGAGUUGAUGGAUCCAACAUUGAGGAAUUAUUUUUCAAGCACUGAAGUCACCAGAUGCAUUCAGAUGGGUCUUUUGUAUGUGCAAGAAAGAGCUAUGGACCGACCAACCAUGUCAGAUGUUGUUUUAACGCUAAGCAACGAAACAAUUGCUCUACCUCUUCCUAAAGAACCUGCAUUUUUGAGUCGAUCCAGUGAUGCAGAAUUAUCUUCAAGUAGGCAAAGACGUCACUCUGGAUCUGAUAUAACGAUUUCAGAAGUAGAUGGAAGGUAG